CGCGCGCUCCCCGCUAAAAUCACCUUUCACAUUACCCAACCCAAAGCGAAGCACAAGAAGAGUGGUAGUAGAGGCCGGAGCUCAAGACCAACACAAAAUAAAACUUAUGCAGUCAUCGAGGAACUUCAAAUCCUGCCUACUGCCAUUUGUUUUGUAUGUGUGAAAAGGUGCGGUCGGUUUUGCUCCCGAAGACAGCAGCAACCCACCCACGUUCGGAAUAAGAGCCGAAGCUCGAUCAAAAUACAAAAAAAAAAUAAAGAGAAAGACUUUUUCAUCACCCCGCGUUUGUGUUUAGUGUGAGUUUGCUCAAUGCCAGCCCGAUAGGAAAUACGCCUAGAGUUUCCACAAGUUAGAAGCAAAAAUGAUAUUGCACAGCCAAUGGCUUUUGCUUUUCGUCACCGUUUUUACGGUUAUUAGCCAAAUAGAACCCAAAGAACUGCGUGUAGUAUGCUACUACACGAAUUGGUCGGUCUACAGGCCGGGUUCGGCCAAAUUCAAUCCACAGAACAUAAACCCAUACCUGUGCACGCAUUUGAUCUACGCUUUCGGAGGAUUCACGAAAGAGAACACCCUGAAACCGUUUGAUAAAUAUCAGGAUAUAGAGAAAGGUGGUUACGCCAAGUUCACCGGUCUGAAGACGUACAACAAGCAGCUGAAGACGAUGCUCGCCAUCGGCGGAUGGAACGAAGGAUCCACCAGAUUCUCACCGAUGGUCGCAAGUGCGGACAGAAGGAAGGAAUUGGUCAGAAACGUGGUGAAAUUCUUGAGGCAGAAUCACUUCGACGGUUUGGAUUUGGAUUGGGAGUACCCGAGUUUCAGGGAUGGCGGCAAGACGAGGGAUCGCGACAACUACGCAAAUCUCGUUCAGGAAUUACGCGAAGAGUUCGAUCGUGAAUCGCAGAAAACCGGAAGACCGAGAUUGCUGUUAACCAUGGCUGUGCCCGCUGGUAUCGAGUACAUCAACAAAGGAUACGACGUGCCGAAGCUGAUGAAGUACUUGGAUUGGAUGAACAUCUUGAGUUACGAUUAUCAUUCGGCCUUCGAGCCUUCGGUGAACCAUCACGCUCCUCUUUUCCCGCUCGAGGAGGAAUCCGAAUACAAUUACGACACGGAACUGAACAUCGAUCAUACUAUUAAACAUUACAUGGAAGCCGGUGCGAUUGGAAACAAAUUGGUUUUGGGUAUUCCGACGUACGGACGUUCCUACACUUUAUUCAAUCCGGAUGCGAAUGAGAUCGGUGAUCCGGCCGAUGGACCAGGAGAAAUGGGAGAUGCGACGAGGGAAAAUGGUUAUUUGGCUUACUACGAGAUUUGUGAGAGCGUGAAGAGCGACGAAUGGACCGUGGUUCAACCGAACGAAGACGCGAUGGGUCCGUACGCUUUCAGAGAUAACCAGUGGGUCGGUUACGAUGAUGAGGCUAUUGUCAGGAAGAAGGCCAAAUACGUUGCAGACAAUGGACUCGGCGGUAUCAUGUUCUGGGCCAUCGACAACGACGAUUUCCGUGGAACUUGCCACAACAAAUCCUUCCCCAUCAUCGAGGCGGCCAAAGAAGCUUUGAUCGAUUCCUUAGGUUUGGUCGAUGAAAACAGCAUCAAGAAGAACACGAUUGGUAAGAAGCAGCAGGCGACGAGGAGACCUAGCGGUAAUUCGCGUAGGAGGUUGAAUAACAGAAGGACGACGACCUCGACCACUACGACGACUACAACAACGGAGGCCACCAAAGCCACCCGCCGACGCAGACCGACCAAAAAGAAGACCAGGAUCAGCAACGACGUCGUUGAGCCAGAAUACAAAGAGUCAGGAAGCAGUUUAGUCGUAACGCCGAACUGGAAGACGCCAGAACCACCAACCACUCCGGAUCCAGGCGGCGAUUUCAAAUGCGAAGACGAAGGUUUUUACCCGCAUCCAAGGGAUUGCAAGAAGUACUUCUGGUGCUUGAACGGUCCAUCCGAUUUAGGAAUUAUAGCCCAUCAAUUCAACUGCCCCGCCGGUUUGUACUUCAACAAGGCCGCAUCGUCGUGCGAUUACACCCAGAACGUGCUUUGCAACAAGAAGAUUCAAAAAGCCGCAACCACAUCCACUCCUUACACGAAAGAAGCGAAAACCACCUCAACCACCGAAUACAAAUCUCUGUUCACCACUCCUCGAGUUCCUCCCAAGAUCACGGCUGCAACCAGCAGAACCACGUACCAAUCGACAACUGCAGAACCAGAAUACGAAGAUGAAUACGAAUACGAAGACGACGUUGAAGAUGCCAACAACGAUUCCGAAGAUCCCGCUCUCAUUAAAGAGUUAUUGGAUCUCAUCAAGAAAGCGGGAGGUGUUGAGCAAUUGGAGAAGCAGUUUAAAUUCAAAGAUAGUCCUCAAACCUCAUCCUCGUCAGGAUCCACGACUCCUUCGUCGAUCAGCAAAAAGCUGUACGAGCGUGUCCUCAGUAGAACCAAAUUAAUCGAAGCAUCAAGCGAAAGGAACAAAUUCCAAACAACUAAUAGGAACAGUAGAGGACCGCAGUAUAAGGAAGUAGAAGGCGAUUCAGAGAAGAAGACUGUUAAAUCUAAUAGCAGGUUGCAGUACUCCACCAUCUCAAGAAAAAGACCAUCCAAGCCGGAACCCGAAGAUGAUGAUGAGGAUGAAGACGAAGAAGUUGAGGAAGAGGAGAACGAAAAGGUAGUUAAAGCCAAGAAAGAGGAUAAACCAAAAUAUGUUACUUUACGAAGAAACAGACCAUCGACAACCGAAUCCACCGUCGCCGAAGAAGACGAAAUUGAGGAAGACAACAACAAAACUAAUCAAAAGAGAAACCGGUUUUCCACCACUUCCAGCUCAGUCGAUAGUAAUUCAGGGAAAUUCAUAAGACGAGGUCGGACUUCAACAACCGAAACGCCUGAGGAUGAAGAAGAAGAUGAAGAGAAACCCGAAGAGGAAGUUGUCAGAAAGAGACCCACAACGACCACUCGUUCUCCUUAUGUAACUUUGAAAAGAUCAAGACCGACGACUGAAGCUAUCUCCAAAGCGGAAGAAAACGAAGCUAAAGAAGAUGAUUCCGGUGAUUUCAAUAGGAAAUUCUUAGGAGAAAAUCAAGAAGAUAAAGAGGACAACGAUGCAAAAGGUUCUCCAAAUUAUAUCACAUUACGUAGAAAUAGACCCAAGUUUGGUGAAUCUGCAACAACCAAGAAAACUUUGGAGGAGAAUCAAAACGAUGAAGAUGAGAAUAAAGAGAAGGGUUCGCAACCGGAGUACACGACUUUACGAAGAACCCGACCAAAGUUUGGUGAAUCAACAACUGCAAAAAAUACUUUAGGUGAGGAUGAAAAGGAUAGCGGUGAUGAUGAGAAGAAUUCCUCAGGUUACGUUACCUUGCGUAGAAACCGACCAGGCCUUGCUGAAACUACGACUACAAAGAACAUUUUCGAGGAAAACCAAGAAGAUGAAGAAAUUAAGGAAAAGAGUAAACAAGUUUACACUACCACAAAAAGGACACGACCAAAGUUUGGUGAAUCUUCGACGGUGAAAAAUACCUUAGGAGAUAAUCAGAAGGAUGAUGAUGAUGAGAAUAUCGCUUUAAGUAAAAAGAGACCAAAUCUUUCUGAAACUGCAAAGAAGAAUGAUGAUGAUACUGUGAGCAGUUCACCAAAGUACAAUUCGUUGCGUAGGAUUCGACCAAAUCUUGCUGAAUCAACAACUUCAAAGAAAUCGUUGGAUGAUGAUCAAAUUGAUGAUGAUGAUGAUAAUUCUCCAAAUUACAGCACUUUGCGUAAGAACAGACCAAACUUCGAUGAAUCUACGACUGCUAAUUCCAGAUACAAAGAGAUUCAACGUGGAACGACUCAAACUGCGAGCACGGAAAGCGUGAUCGUCUCCACGAAUCCACCGGAACCGGAAGCGCCGCAAACCGAAUCUAACAAUAUAUUUAAGGACGAGACUAAUAUCGAUUUAACAACUCCACAAUCGCCGGUGGGCGAGUUCAUUUCAAUAACAACAUCUAAAUUAGAAAUAACUCCACCCCAGCUAUUGGAACCCAGGCCUUUCUCCAUCAACACUAACGUUAUUUCAACAACUGUUAAAUCGCCAUCAACGACAUCCGCUACUACCACUUUCUCUACAACAUCAACAACAACAACUACUACCACCACUACCGCCGCGCCACCAUCGACCACUCAAACAGUAACAACAGCGUCAAAGGUGAGUUAUAAACCUCUGUUAAGAACACGACCGGUAGCAGCACAAAAACCUUCUUUACCAAUUAACAACAACACCAACGACACCGCACGUCAAACAAUCAAAAGCCGCACCGAAUCUAGAGGUUUCUCGCGAUUCCGUCGUCCGGAAUCCGCUGCAUCGAAGCAACCGGAAGAGACGGGACGUCUCAGGACCACCGCCUCUUCUGACGUCGAAGAAUCUUCGUCGUCACCGGAAUCGCGUGGCUACAACAGAUUCCGAACCAGACCGGAAACGACUACCAGGCAACAAGACAUACCGGAACGUCAUUUCAGACCGGAAGACGCCGCCGCCUUCGCCGAUUUAUCUAGUUUAACAGCAGUAGACUUUUCGUCAAUUAAAGACUUUUCCGGCGGAGCCAGACGCUCCAGGACGAGACUCACCACGGCCGCGUCCUCAACAACAAUAACAACAGCAACGGAAGAAACUAUUAAAACAGGACCUCGCACCUUGACCGUAGCCAGGAAAUACUUGGAAAGUUCGCUACCUGCAACCAACAAGAGACGCGUCAUCAAGAAAGUACCGGAACCGGAACCGGAAGAGAAUGUGAAAGUAGAGGAACGUCCCAAGCCCGCUUUCAACGCUAGGCCCAAUUUUAAAUCCCCGAGACUCUUCACGCGUCCCACAAUAACCACAACAACAGCCAAAAGCGAAGAAAUAUCUGAAACUCCUGUAAGAAAAACCUCCAACGAUAAUCUGUUUAAACCCAAACGCACGAAACUAUUCGGUGGAAACAACUUCUCUAAAAUCAACACGGAAAGUUCUAAACCGUCAAUCGACGAAGAUACUCCCAAACCGGUAGCUCCCUUAAGAAAAACCAUUAACGAUAAUCUUUUUAAACCCAAACGCAACAAAUUAUUCGAAAGCAAAUUUCCUAAAGUAAACAACGAAAGUACCGAAGAACCUAAGAAAUCAAUCGAAGAAACUCCCGAAACAGAAGCUCCGAAAGUAAAUGACUUCCCACAAGUUUCAAUCGAAACUACCGAAAGUCCUAAAGUAGAAAUUGAAGACGAAACUCCUAAAACCGAUUCUCCAGUAACUGAAACUUUAAACGAAGAUUUCCUCGAAGCUAAGCAGAGUGAAAAUAAUCUCGCCGAAGAAACCACUUUUAGUAUUAAAGAUGACUCAACAAUUGAAACGGAAUCACCCUUGAAGACAACUAUUUUUAACGAUGAUCAACUCAAUGAAAAUGAUUCUAACUUAUUUGAUAAUGUAGUUACCGACAAAAACCUUGAUUAUUCAACGAAAUCCUUAAUAGAAGAAACUCCUGUAACUGAGGUUCCACUUACAAAAGAUACAAAUGAACCAAAUUUAUCAGAAGAUACGUUUACUACAAUAACGGCUGAACCUGUAACAACAACAACCACCACCACUGAACAUCCAACAUCGCCAAUCCAAGAACAAACUGAAGGUGUUACCAUCAGAAAACUAUCUUUCAAGACUAAACCGAUUUCCAUCAAAGACGCUCAUUUGAAUAAUACAGGUACGAAGUCGGUUUCUACCACUAUCGAAGAUGAAAAUUCUCUUGAACAAAAUGAAAAUGAUUUAACUACAACAGAAAAUGCGAAGAGGUUAAAGGAGCAAAGCACAACUCCGAGGAGAUUCAUUAAAAUAAUUAAUGUGAAAUCUAGAUCUAAUUUGGAAGAUAACGAUGAGCCACGUAAAAUCGAAGUUAACUUUAGGCCAACCAACAGAAGAGUCAUCAAAAGGUUGAGGUUAGCCUCACCUCAUUUACCAGGAGAUGCAAGCAGAAGAUUAAUCUACUCAACACCAAUUCCUUAUCUGAGUCCCAUAACUGAGUACGAAGAAAUUGUUGAGAAUAAGGCUUAUGAAGAGGAAGACGAGAAUAUCAAAUUGUCUGAGAGUAAUAUUUUGGAGAACAGCGAUGUGAGCAGAGUAAACAGUAAUUCUAUUAAAGCCGAUGGCGAGAAAGGAUACACGAAAGUUAUAAAGAGGAUAAGACCAGGUUUUAAACCUCAAAAUCGUUUUGAAGAUAGAAAAACAACUACAACGACGACUACAACCACAACUACCGAACCUAAUAUUGUGGUGAGAACCAGAAAGAUUAUUAGGAAAUUGAGCACGACAACUGCGUAUGCACCAACUAUUUCUGAAGUUACGACUUCUGCCAGACCGUUGCUUUACAAAUUAGCAGAAUCCGAUGAUGCUUUGGCAAAUAGGAAACGCAAAAUUAUCCGUCGUCUUCGGCCAUACACCUUGUUUGAAGGUAGAUCUUCUACAACGGAGAAGGUUGUGGAAGAAUCAGAUGUAGAUGACGUAGAUGAAGUUACCACUGUCAACUCUCAGAACACGAAUGAUGAAAUUGAUGAUACGACUAAUGUUUCGAGCACUUUAGAGCUUACAACGAUUGCGGUAAACAAGUAUACUUUGGAAGCUGCUUCCACUCAGACAAGUGACGUUACUGAAGAAACUACAGCUCGCAAUGAAAUAACUAGUACUGAAGGUAAUUAUUAUACAACUGACGAAGAAGCUUCCACAGAGAGACAGUUUGAAACUACGUAUUCGUACGAUGAUGAUGAUGAUUCGAAUGAUGUUGAAAGUACAACUGAAUUAUUACCUUAUGAGACAACAGAAUAUGCGGGAGAAACAACCACCGAUUUUGACUUUACGACGGUCCCCGAACCGACGGAGCCAAGGCCCACUUACGUGAAUAAGAUAUUCAAAAAAGCGCAGAACAGGCCGAAACUGAAUCUAAAUCUGAAGCAACUGCAGAAGAGCAAUUCGUUAGCUUCGAGCACGGAAUCCUCGCUGUCAAGGCCAAAAUCUCGUUUCGAAAGCUACUCAAGACGUCCGGUGGGAGGUCGAUUCAAACCGUUGGCUAAUCAAGGUAAACCAGAAGAAACGCACGACGUCGGUCACGGUACGAUUAAACCGUUCAAGAAAACAUUCAGGACGAGUCCGAAAGUCUUCAGCAGAAGAAAACCGAUCAAGAAUACUUUUACCCCAAGGUAUCAAACAACAACCGAAGAAGUAAAUGAAGAUGAUUACAGCACGGAAUACGAUUACAGCGAAGAGGACGAUGAGGAGGAACGUGUUGAUGAUGAUGAUGAUGAUGAGGAAGAGGUGGUGGAUGAUGAUGAAAACAAAGAAGAAGUGUUGAAUGUUGUAGCGCCGGUUAUUAGAACAACGGAGACUGCUAAAACCAGGAAAGCGAAUGUUCCGUAUGAUACGAGCACCCAACAUACGACCAAAGCUUAUAAGAGAUUCACAAGUACGACUCCGUUGAGCGUGACUCAAGAUUUGGGUGAUAUAAAUUUGGAUGCGCUGAACGAGAGGAACAAAAAGCUGUUCAAGACGAGGAAAAUGAACGUGCCGCAUCCUGGAACGACCGAGGCCAAGGAGCUUGAUACAACUCCAGGUUCGACGGCAUCUGCAACUGAAUCAGCGUUAACCACCGAUGAGAUCCUUGAAACGACAUCGGAAAUGGAUGUGAAAACAACAAUUGAAUUUGAUGCAACGACCGCGGGAAGCGACACAACGAUUACAGAUGAUACAACAAUGACGACGAUGGGAACCGAAAAGAUCAUUACUGAACUUGAAGCAACGACGAACGUGGAAACUGAGAAACCUAUUAUUGAACUUGACAUGACGACGGUUUCCACGGAAACACCUGAACUUGAAACGACUACAAUGGAAGUCAAGGAGCCGACGACGGAGAUGGAAACAACCACAAUCGGUGUGGAGAAGCCUACGACGGAGAUGGAAACGACCACAGUCGGCGUGGAGAAGCCUACGACGGAGAUGGAAACUACUACGGUGAAAACGGAAAAACCGACCACCUUGCACCACAUAUUCGCUCAGACGGAAUCGCUGCAAACGACAACCGCAACGCCGGAACCCGUCGAGGAGCUGGGUACCGAAGAGGAACCGAAAAGCGUCAAGUUGGAGAGAUUGAUUGAGAUCAACAGGAUCGUUGAGAUCAACGGGGAGAAGGUGAACGAGCGCGAUCAUCUUGGAGUAGUAAACCGAGUGACGGAGAUCAAAGUCGUCGAUGGAAACAAUACGGAAGUUCGCAAAACCAAGAUCAUCAUCGACGGACCAAACAUAUUAACGGAAAUCCUGAAUUCCAACCGUCAAGAUAGAAAGUACGAGUUCAACUUGAAGACGAACGUGGACGAGCAGUCGGUCGACGUGAUCCCGAACCAAAUCUCCAUAGAAGGCAAAUCGAACGUUAGAACCAUAACGCCGAGACCGCUCUUCAGCAACGAAGUAUCCACCAUCUCCCUGGAAGGUCUCUUCAGGACGAAUUCUCCGAGCACCGCCGCUUACGAAGAGAUCCUCGAUGCGGAUCACAGCAGAAUAGUGAACGUUAGAUAUCCUGCAAUGUUCAUCCCAAUCCCUGAAGGCGACGUGGCGAUGCGCGCCAAGAUCGUCGAAAUCAAACCCAGCGAAGCUGACUUAAUAAAAAUUGCCCCGAUCGCGGUUAGCCUUUCCAAGAAGAAUUGAAAUUGAAAGUACAUUUCGUAGAAGGAAUCACUCGAAAAUGCUAGUCAAACCAAAAUAGUUAUUAAUUUUAUUCCUCUCUAAUUAUUUUUUUUAACGAACCAAUUUUAUCCACAGAAAUUUAGCACCGAGGGCUGUAUUCGUUUUUAAUUGUUUGUGUCUUUAUUUUAACAAUGUAUUUGUACUUGUAAUCUUAAUUCUUACUAAACCUGUUUUUUUUAAAUUGUUUGUUUCUCCACGUCGUGUUAUAACCAUACAAAAAAAAGCAGAAGGAAAUAAGAUUGAAAAUAAAGCGAGCUCCUUUCAUUGUUGCGUAACAACUGCAUGUGUAGUGUAACUGUAUCGAUUUUGUUGUGUAAUGUAACGUAAAUGUUUC